ACUAUUCCACACUGACACCUGGCGGCAGAGAGAGGUACUGCAGUUAGCUUAACUUCAACCCGGAAGUAAUGUCAGCUGAGUUGACAGGGGGACGAGUGUACAUACAGGGCAGCACUGAAUGCAGAGAAUCCCAGGAUGGACUCCAGUGGGAAACCCUCCACUGCACAGAUCGUGGUUUUAGCCACCAGCUCGGCGCUGACUGCAGUCUUCUACUCCAUCUACAGGAGCAGAUCGACAACAGUUGCCAGACUAAAGGAGGCAAAGAAAGUCACCAUCGACCAGGAUUUAAAAACCAUCCUGUCUGAAACUCCAGGAAGAUGUGUCCCAUACGCCGUCAUAGAAGGUGUGGUGAGAUCAGUGAAGGAAACUCUGAGCAGCCAGUUUGUUGAUAACUGCAAAGGAGUGAUUGAGAGACUUACCCUGAAGGAGGAGAAGAUGGUGUGGAACCGCACCACUCAUCUCUGGAACAACACAGAGAAAGUCAUCCACCAGCGCACCAACACCGUUCCUUUCGUCCUCGGGUCUCAUGAUGACGAUAUCGCCGCCACGAUACGAGUCAUACGCCCUCUAGAUGCUGCUGAGCUCGACCUCGAGACCACCUACGAGAACUUCCACCCCACAGUCCAGUCCCUGUCCAACGUCAUCGGACACUUCAUCAGCGGGGAACGACCGAAGGGAAUCCACGAAACAGAGGAGAUGCUGCGGCUCGGAGACAGCGUCACAGGCGUAGGAGAGCUGGUCCUGGACAACAACCUGAUCAAACUCCAACCUCCCAAACAAGGCUUCCAGUACUUCCUCACCCGGCUGGACUACGACUCCCUCCUCAGGAAGCAGGGGAACAGCGUCAGACUGUGGCGGGUUCUCACUGUUUUAUUCGGCGUGGCGGCUUGCUCCAUGCUCAUCUUCAUCCUGUGGAAGCGAUACCUUCACCGCAAACAGAGCAAGAAGGAGAGGAGCAUGAUGGAGGAGUUCAAGGAGAGGCAGAAGAAACGUAUGCGCGAGCUGAACAUAGAGGAGGGCAACGUGUCGCCCACCAGCUGCACCGUGUGUCUGAGCAACGAGAGGUCCUGUGUGUUUCUGGAGUGUGGUCACGUGUGUGCCUGUGCUCGGUGCUACGAAGCCCUGCCGGAGCCAAAGAAGUGCCCCAUCUGCAGGGCGAUUAUAGACCGUGUGGUGCCUCUGUUCAACAGCUAAAAUGGAUACACAGUGUUUAAUACCACACACUUAAACCAUCUUAGAACUGUAAACAUUUCACUCACAACCGUGUGAUUGUGCCUACAAAAAGAUAUAUCUGUGUGUUUCUAGGAUUUUUAUGUGUUUACUCACUCUGAACGAUGUAAAGUGUAACGGACAAAUUCCACCAGAUCUGUCUCCGGUCUGUCUCAGAUCCGUCACAGCACCGGAUCUGAUAGGUUUCUAUUCCAGUCAAUGUGUUAACUUCCACUGGAUCCGCUCCGUUGCGUUCCGACCUGCCGGAUCAGAGACGCAAGAUUUCUUUUAUUGACGGAUGCCGGAGCGCCAUGCAUCAAUUUCAACAGAGCAGAUGGAGCGGGACAGGAAGUCAGGCACCAAAACAAAGUCCCAUGUUAAGGCCAAAUUCCACCAGAUCCGUCUCCGAUCUGUCUCCGAUCCGUCACGGCACGGGUUUUAUUGGUUUCUAUUCUAGUCAAUGUGUUAACUUCCACUGGAUCUACUCCGUUGCGUUCCAGCUGCGUCUCUGAUCCGGAACGCAACAGAUCAGAUACCCAAGACUUCUAUUUUUGCCAGAGCAGAUGGAUUGGGACAGGAUGUCAGGCACCAAAACAAAAUGUAAACACCCGGAUAAUUUUCAGAAUAAAACACUCUGUGUUAUAGUUAGAUUGUUUUUAACUUAACUACAACAACAAAAUGUCAUUUUGAUUGGAGCCAGGCCUGGAGUCAUCAGGUCAGAGGUUUUCAGAGGACCAAAAAGACAACAUGGAUGAGAAGAGGAGGAGGAGAAUCCUUGAUUUGGUGAUUGCCGCUGGAAAACCUCGGUCACAUGACUCCAGCUGUCCAGCGGUCCUGCUCCUAGCUGCGCUCCGAACCGGUGGGUGUUGAUAGAGCAGAUCUGAGACGGACAGGACACGGAUCUGGUGGAAGUCCCGUGUUAGUCUGUGCUGAGUAACCACACAAUCACAUUUCACAUCAGACUGAGGAAUCCAAUCUGAAACCUUCAGAAAGCGUUCAGACAAUUUAAUUUAUUGUGACUCCAACAAAUAUUAACAUAUCAAACAAAAGAGACACUCUUAGAUGUUUUUUAUAUUUUACAGAUAUCUCAAAAUCAGACCUCAAGAGCAACAAUCUGAUCGACUAAUACACUUCAGAGUAAUGAGGCAUAUUUAACUCUCAGUAAGUAGUGAGUCAUAUUACAAAUGGUGAACAUCAAUUAUUAAACAUUGUAAACAAACACCAUAUAAAUGUUUCACUCAUCGAAUCAUUCAGUAAUAAAACAACACUUGAUGUUCAACAGUCUUUUCAAUCAUCUCAUGUAAAGAGACGACGUGCAUUAUAUCACAUUCAGCUGUUCUCUAUCUGUACCCCCCUCUGCAGGUGCACACAGGGUAAAAGUUCAGACUUUAAAAUGAACCUCACAAUAAAAACCUUCAGUGAAAUGUCCUUUAAUGGCCCUCUCUGCAGGUUGUGGAGCAUCUAACAGCUCUAAACCUUCACAGAGUGUCGGAGAGGCACACUCUUAUCUCUUUUGUCAAAUGAAACUCAGAAUAAGCCCGAGGAGAUUUCUGAGAAAGUCUGCACCCACAUUUAGAUGUUUUUGAGAAAUGUGUCCAAUCUUGUUUUCAGUCUUUUUAUUCGAUAUCUGGGAAAAAACAGUUCAGCCUCUUUGAUCUGUCGUAAGUUCCCCUGGGUGAAGGAGGUGUUCAGUGAAGAGGCAGGGGGGAAAGGUUGUGGGUCUGUAAUGGUGUUAAGAGUGAGAUGAAGUGGUGGGAGAAUAUUUGCACUAGCUUUUUCUCCACAAAGGGAGUGGACUGACAGUGUUCUUUUCUGGAUUUUCCAUCAGCUGCCUGCUAGUAGACGUGUGCAACAGGUGCUCAGGCUUCACAUGCAUUCAAAUAGAGAACACACAACAAGUGGAAACACACGUACAAGUUUACAGCCAAUGUUUGUGUGACACCAACCUGGAUUUUUCAGGGACAUCUGAAUCAGUUGAUUGCCUUUCUGCCACUGAAACCUCAUCAAGAAAUACUGUGUUGAAGCUGAAUUACUUUCAUAAAGUUAAAUAUUAGCCAUAUUGUUUGAAUUAGAUACACAAAGAGAAAGCUGUUUGGAGAAGUUUGAGAUGUCUGCCAGGAGAGGGGGAUGUCUGCCUGUGUAGAGAGCCAACAAAAUCUGGAUUUGGAAUAAGAGAGCAUAAAAUGUGAAGCCACAUGUUUCCCCCAACAAAAGCAGCUGUUUUUCACAGUUUCAUGGUUUUCCUCAUUUAUUUGAUUGACUGUCUCUCAUUUCAAACUGCUUGUACAUGUAAAUAUUCAAAGAAGAACACAUUACAAAUUCCAGUUAUCCAAAGAUAAUUUAAAAGUGUGAAAUCCUCUGUUUUGCAUCGUUUUUGUUACAUAAAAUAUAAAUCAUUAAAAACU